AUGACCAGUAAUACUGGUCCUGAAAACAUCCCACCCCAGCCUGCAGUGCACAUUGGACACCCUCAUGAGUUCAAAACCAAAUUCCAUCCCCGUUCUUGCCGUGAGACUCUACUCCAAACAUUCGAAGAGUUUGGUGUUGCUUCGGAGGCGCUUAAAGCACCUCCUGCAGAUGAAAAGCCUUGGCAUCCGUUCCGCUCACGGGGAGACUUUGAGUUCUCUGAAAUCGCACUUGAAGCUGCCCUUAAUCAGGGCCAGGUCAACAAGCUCCUCAGUCUUAUCAUGCGCAUAGCGCAGGGCGACACCCAUAUCACACUGAAAAAUGAGGCCGAUCUCCGUAUGGCAUUAGAUAAUGCUGCAGCCGAGUUGACACCGUUUACCAAACAUGACAUCAAGGUGCCCUACAAGAAGGAGCAGCGAGUAUUUGGGGUAUAUGCGAGACCGAUAUGGGACUGGGCCCUUGAUCUCUUGGAUAACCCGCUCCUUGCACCGCAUUUCAUAUGGGACGCGAACAUGGCUACAAGCAUAACGUCUCGUCUCCCGGCUGAUCUAAAUGCUGCCCCACUUUGUUUUAUAUUGUAUGCAGAUAAGACCAAGCUGUCCACACAUGGCACUGUUAAAGGAUAUCCCGUCAUGGUUCAUUGUGCGAAUUUACCUGUUGAUAUUCGAAAUGGCGAGGGCAUUGGUGGUGGUCGAGUAGUUGGUUGGCUUCCGAUCAUUGAAGAAAAAGCGUCCGAACAUGGAAAACCGGGAUUCAUCAACUUUAAGUGUGUCGUAUGGCACGAAGCCUUCGUCAAAAUUCUCCUCAACCUUGAGCAAUAUUCAAAGACCGGUUAUUUGUAUAUGUGCUACGACAAAAUCAUGCGCUGGCUAUUCCCAGUAAUACUAAUACUCUCAGCAGAUUACAAAGAACAAUGCAUGAUGUCUCUUAUUUGCAGUGUGCAAUGCAAGUGCCCGUGCCCCGUGUGCCUCAUACCAGUCAACGAGCUUUCUGACCUGUCCAAAACAUUUGCAAUCAGGACUGCGAAAGACGCGCAGGAUGCACUCGCUGUGUAUAAACGCAGCAAAACUCAAGGCAAGGAACUUUUGAAAUCACUAGGAUUACGCGCAGUUGAGAACGUCCUCUGGCUUGUCAACCACUCCGAUCCCCAUGAUGCACUGAGCCUUGAUCAAUUGCACGCAGUGCAUGCCGGUCUUGGAGGAAAAUGUCUACUAGACGAGUUGAAGACCAUCCUAAGCAAUCUCGGACAUGAAGGGAUGGAAUUGCAAGCAUUUUAUGUGGCACUCAAUGCUUUAGACCGCAGAAGUUGUCUGGAAGGCUAUCGCCUUCUACAUGUCAUUUGCAGCUAUCUCGAGUUGGACAGCCUGGUCAGGCUUAAUGUCCAUACAGAGCGGACAAUUGCAAUGAUUGAGAAUGAGCUCCUUGUAUUUGGUGCCGCACUGAAGGACUAUGUUGAUUAUGUUACCGAUACGUCCUCCAUGGAAGGCCUCAAACAAGACUGGAACUUUCCAAAGGUGCACCUUUGGAAACACGCGCCACGGGAUAUCCGAAUGAAAGGUGUUGCACGCAACUACAGCACGCGCCCUAACAAAAAACUCCAUGGCCCUCUGAAAUCCACCUAUCUCCUUCGAUCAAACGGAAAAGAUAUCGCCAAGCAGGUACUUCGUGUUGAUCAUCACAAGUUUGCAGCCUUACUUUUGCAAGGACGUUUGGGCACGCUCGACGAACAGCGUCGCCUUGAGGCGUUAGGUGACUCUGCGCUUGAUGAGGAGGACAACGACCAUACUAUCACCUUUGAUGGGCAUGUGAAGCUUGGAUCCCCUCAAUGUCAUGUCACAUUUCAAGGUUCCCACAAAAAAUUUGGCGACUUCAUCAACACAUCAUUGCCAACUUAUGGAUACAAGCUAAUGAGAUGGAUUGUUAUCCCAGUUGAUUUCCAGAUAGCGAUCAAUCAUGAGAAUUCUGCUGACUGGAAGCAGUCGACUGACCAUCUCCGGUCUAAUCCCUCAUUUCAUGGGCACCCACACUUCGACUGCGCACUUAUACAACUUACUGCAGAAAGGGCGGUCUUUGUUCGGCUUAUACUGAUGUUCAAAUGCGAACUUCCAGAUAUUGGGGCCUUUCAGUUUGCCCUUGUUCAACCAUAUACCACUGGUGUCGUCGGUGGUUCUCACAGGAUUGACCAAGACCUGAGACUUACUCGUGUCAAAGCUGUCCCCAGGGCAGAUUCAAUCAUCAUCCUGCUCAAGUCCUUCAUUCAAGGCGCUUUGUUGUUUCCCGAUCCUGCACACCAAGGCAAGUUUCUUGUCGUCAACCAUGUUGAUAGUGACAUGGUCCUUUGUAUGAAGUCAUGGGUGCAUUGA